AUGCUCCUUGUCUCACUCACACUUUUCGGUCCGCUUUUGCUGCAUAUAAGAGAUAGAAACCAAAAAAAAAAAAUUCCAAAUCAAUGCAUUUCCUUGGAGAUGGCCAAGAACAAGAACAAACCUGUGGCAGAGCCUGUAACCAAGAAAAAGGCUAGUAAAGAAACCACACCAGAUGAUCCCAAAAAACCAUCCCGUGGAUUAGUCGUGGGUGAAAAUUUUGGAUGGACAGGAAAGUUACCCGUAACGUUACUUAAUGAACAUUGCCAAAAACAAAAAUGGAACAAAUGCCAAUAUGAUAUGAUGAGGAGGUCCAAUGGCUACGUUGGGAUAGUGACCUUAUCUUGGGAAAAUCCAAAAACAAGAGAAUUAAUCACUGUAAAGUAUACGCCCACCUAUUCUCCCAGAGAAACUAGCAAUGAGGCUAGACACAUGGUUGCAACAUUCGUAUUGCACAGAGUAAAUUACGUCAAGAACAUGAAGAUGUUGCUCCCGAUUAUUUUCAGAGACUAUUGGUCGGAUUUGGAGAAAGAGAGAUUACAAUUGUUGAAGGAUGAUAAAACACUCCACGACAAAAGAUAUAAUGUAAACCCCUUCUCCGUGGUCAUGGAACAACAAAAGGCCAAAGCUGAGAAAGAAAAGGAAAGGACAGCAAAGGAUAAUCAAAACUUAAAGACCCAUAAGCCAGUCAUAAACAUCGGACAAAAACCAGUGCCAUCAGUAGCAACAACCACGAAAAGCCCUAUACCCAGAGGUGCUUGGGAACAUGCUCCGUUGAUGGACAUACCCUCAGAUAUGAGAGUUGAGAUUGAAAGAUCGGUGCAAAGGCAUUUGCAAUGGAAUGAGGGUAACAAAACAGCAGACGGAUCAACUGUGAAGAAAUUGCUUGGGUUGGGUUUUCGAGAGAGCCACGUGAAAGAGGCUCUUCAAUACACCUCGGAAUUUAUUGAUGCCCUUGAGUGGUUGAUUUUUCAUAUCCCUGAAGACGACUUGCCUAUACUUUUUGCCAAGUCGCGCAAGGACUCGGAAGUGCUGCUUACGAUUUCACAAAAUUUGAAGACUGAGUUGGUUUUAAAGAGGCUCCGACACUCUGGAUUUGACGAGGAUGAGAUCAUUCGUGUUUAUCAAGAGACAGGUGAGAACGAGAUAGAAACAGCGGUUCGGCUCACAAAACUUUUAGCCACUGAGGAGAAUGAGACGCCCACGGAGGAUCAAAGCCAAGAGCUCUGGGACCAAGAGGUGGAAGCUAUAGACUCCACUAGAGGUGCAACUGUCUCAGAUGGAAAAAGCAUUACGGUUCCUUUGAAUCCUAUUAGUGUUGGUGAAGGUGCAAUUGAGUUGAAAGUUUUCAAAAGCUCAAAUUACCCCAAUGAAAUACCUGGAAUACAAUUGGUUGUAGCGGAAAAGUAUAACCUAGCAAACUAUGUCAAAUUGUCAAUUGUGAGAAGCCUUCUCAAGACUUUACAUAUAGGAGAAUGUAUGAUCUUUUCGAUUAUCGAGUGGUUAGAGGAGAAUUUGAUAAACAUUAUUAAUGACCCUGGCCCUCUUGUGAAUUAUCGAAAAGAAACGGAGAAAAGAGAGCACUCACAAGGGGCUGAUAAGGGCUUUAAAGGUAGAAAAAGGGUGAAGCAAAACGAGAACGAAAUAAAGCUGUCUUACAAAAAUAGAGCAGCAUUAUUGCAACAAUCCUUGACUGAAAGAGGAAAACUCCCUGUUUCUAAGAAAGCCCAGGAAAUAGUGAAUACUAUCAACCAAAAUGCAAUUACUCUAAUAACUGGUGAGACAGGAUCGGGUAAGUCAACCCAAAUCGUGCAGUAUAUCCUCGACAAUUUGAAUGCGGAAGGUGACUUUGCAACAACAAUAUUUUGCACUCAACCAAGACGUAUAUCUGCCAUUGGGUUAGCUGCUCGUAUCACAGAAGAGAGAGGAGACACUUUGGGACAAGAAACCGGGUACAUGAUUAGAGGAGAAAACAAAGUGGGCCCUACUACUAGAAUCACUUUCCUUACUACAGGUAUUUUACUCAGAAUACUCCAGAAUAUAACUAAAGACGAAGAUCGAUCCUUGUUUGAUAAUCUCGGCUACAUCUUUAUUGAUGAAGUGCACGAAAGAUCAGUCGAUAGUGACUUUCUACUAAUCAUUCUAAGGGACAUUUUAAAAAAGUUCCCGAAAUUAAGAAUUGUUCUCAUGUCUGCCACUAUAAAAAUAGAUAAGUUUAAUGAGUUCUUCAAGAAGGUCUUGGUUCAUAAACAUGUCGAGGGAAGGACCUUCCCUAUUACUGAUUUCUAUUUGGAUGACAUAUUAGAUGCUUUAGAUUAUUCGAUGGAAGUAGCGGGAGAAACUAUAAAACUACGUGCAGAUUCUGCGUUUUUCAAGAGUGGAAACAUCAACUACGAAUUGAUUGCACAGCUUGUGAAGGAUAUCGAUAUGAAGUUAACGCAAGAAGAUAAUUUCGGUUCAAUAUUGAUUUUCAUGCCAGGUGUUCCAGAAAUCAAUCGUGCAAUCAAAGCCAUUAACAACAUUGCUGACUUUUGGACCCUUCCACUACAUUCGUCCUUAUCAUCGCAAGAGCAGAAAAAGGUUUUCCAAUCUGCUCGUGGGCAGAGAAAAGUGGUUGUUUCUACAAAUAUUGCUGAAACAUCAAUUACAAUUCCCGAUUGUGUGGUUGUGAUUGAUUCUGGCCGGUCCAAAUCCAUGUUUUUUGACACAUCCUUAAACGCUACCAAGCUAGUAGAAGAGUGGUGUUCUCAAGCUGAAAUCAAACAAAGAAGAGGACGUUCAGGCCGUGUUACCGCUGGUACUUGCUACCAUUUGUACACUAAAGGUACUGAGAACUCCAUGCUUCCUCAGCCAAUUCCUGAAAUCAUGCGAGUUCGUUUGGAAAACUUGUACUUGAUAGUAAAGUCUAUGGGAGUGAAGAACGUUGAGAAUUUUAUUGCGAGUGGAUUGGACUCUCCAGAUCAGUCUUCAUUGCUAUCUGCAAAGACAUUUUUACAAGAUGUUGGCGCUCUUCAAGGUGAGAAACUAACAACAUUGGGUCAAUACUUGUCGUACUUACCUACUGAUCCCCAUACUGGAAAACUCCUUUUAUUGGGAUGUCUAUUUAGAUGUCUUGAUUUCUGUUCGGUUUUGGCAGCGAUAAGCUCUGUUGGUAGUAUAUUUGUGCAUUCAGUGGAGAAUAGAGAUAAAAUCAAGAACGUUACCGAAAAACACAGCGACAAACAGGGUGAUUUCAUUGCAAUGGCAAAUAUCUACCUCGCCUAUUUGGAGUCCUCGAACAAAAAGUUUAUGACAGAGAAUUGCUUGUCGUACAACUCUCUUCGUGACAUUUCCUCUACGAGACAACAAUAUUACCAAUUGUUAUCUGAAAUAGGGUUCACGACUCUGCCAACUGUACCAAAGAAGGUUUCCAAACCAAAUUAUUACAUGAUCCGAGCUAUCAUCAUUGGUUCAUUUUACCCAAACGUGGCUAGGGUUCAAUAUCCACCAAGGAAGUUUUUGAAAUCAUCCCUGGGAGCUAUUGAAGCAGAUGCAGAUGCUCGUUUGACAAAAUACUGGAUCAAAAAUGAGAACCCGAUUAAGCAAGACUCACUAUUAGCUGCUAAUAGAGUGUUUAUACAUCCAUCAUCCAUAUUAUUUGGCAAAAACACUACUGGCUUUGAGAUUGAUGAAGAUCUUGAAUUACAAAUCACCCGAGAAGAUGGAUCAGUGGAUAUUGACAAGGCUAGACAAAUGAUCCCUUUAAACAAACCAAUACCGGUAUCAAAGCACACAUUCAUAGCGUACAGAUCAUCACACUUUUCUAAUAAGCUUUACGUUAAUGGUGUUACACCUUCAAACACAUUAGCAACUUUACUCUUUGGUGGAAGUUUUGAAUACGAUUUACACCCAACAAAUGGCACCCCAUCCAAUGGCAUAAUCUUAGACAAGUGGCUUCCCGUUAGAACUUGGUGUAAGAAUGGUGUGCUAAUCAAGCAAGUCAGAAAGCUUUUGAAUACCUACAUGGAUUCUCGAUUAUCAAGGGUUAGUACAGUUGAUGAUAACAAUGAUAUAGUGGAAAUAAUAGAGAAAGCUGUCUCAUUGUGA